UGGGCCAGCAGUUCGUUAGAUUAUUCGGCAGUCCAGUCGUAUCAACAACUACCUCUUUAACCAUGAAAUCCUUUGUUGCUUUCGCCGCCAUCUUGGCUUGCGCCGCCGCUGCCCCAGGAGUCCUGGUGGCUCAUGAGCCCGUGGUUGCUGUCCACACCCCAGUGGUUCACUCUGUUCCCGUAGUCGGUUCCAAGACCACCAUCACCAAGUCCAGCCAGGUGGUGAACCAUGGCUCCCCCGUGCACGCCGUCCACGCUGUCCACGCUGUGCACGCUCCAGUGAUCGCUUCAUCCCCUGUGGUGAUUAAGACCGUGCACGCCGCCCCUGUGGUCCACGCCGCCCCUGUAGUCCACGCUGUCCAUGCCGCUCCCGUCGUCCACGCCGCCCCCGUGGUCCACGCUGUCCACGCUGCCCCCAUUGUCCACGCCGCCCCCGUGAUCGUGAAGACCGCUCCCUCCGCCGUGGCUCACUCCAGCUCCGUCGUCCACCACGGUCAUGUUGUCAAGGCUGUUCCCCUCAUCGCUGUCCACCAUUGAUUUGAUUUCCUUCAGUGAAGGAUUA